CGUCUCUCUCUCUCGCUCGCUUGCGCUCCGCGUGAGGAGGUUAAAAUCGGAAUGCGGAUCGCGGGAAUUCAAGAAAUAUGCGCGGUCCUUCACGGCCACCGCGGAUCUAUCGCCGAGGAUGAUGCGCAUUAUUCAUAUUUUAUAUGCAACAUACGCAAUCGUGCGGUUUCAUUCUCUGAAUUUGGAAGUCAGAUAAAACGUUGGCGAGAUUCCCAAGAGGAGGCUCACUUCCUCCAAAACCUUUCCGGCGAUCCCCCACAGCCACAUGGGUUUCCAAUUACAAUUUUUAAUCUUGGCUCCGGAUCUCUCACGCGACGACAUGCGCGCGCAUACAAGCUGGUCGACUUUAACCCUUUCACGUUAAACUUUUCUCAAGAACAUGUCUAGUCUAAUCAUUUUUAAAGAUUUUUGGGAUCGCUAAAUAGGAAAAUGAAAUCAAGAUAUAAAAAUUUAAAAUCCAAUACGGCAGUAUGAAAAAUAAAAUGUUUACAUAUUCUAGUUAAAUCGUUGCGGGAUUUUUUAGAGCGGCCGCCAAAUACAAAAAUAACAGAUUCAAUAUAAUUGUACAAAAAAUAAAAUAUCUUCAAAUUUU